GCCGGCCGCGGGGCGGCUCCGGCGGUGCGGGGGAAACCGAAAGUGGGCGGUGGCUGAGGCGGGGACCCCGGCGGAGACGGCGGCGGGAGCAGGAUCCAGAGGCGAGGGGGACGGGCCGGGGGCCCCCCCCGGAACGAGGGGAAGAUGCUGGAAGCAGAUCUGGUUUCAAAGAUGCUACGGGCUGUUCUGCAGUCUCAUAAGAAUGGGAUAGCAUUACCCCGGCUCCAAGGAGAAUACCGAUCCUUGACUGGAGACUGGAUCCCCUUCAAGCAGCUGGGUUACCCUACUCUAGAAGCUUAUCUGAGAAGUGUGCCAGCAGUUGUCAGAAUAGAGACUAGUAGAUCUGGAGAGAUUACCUGUUACGCUGUGGCCUGCACAGAAACUGCAAGGAUUGCUCAGCUUGUGGCUCGGCAGAGGAGCUCUAAAAGGAAAACUGGGCGACAAGUUAAUUGUCAGAUGAGAGUGAAGAAAACCAUGCCAUUUUUUCUAGAAGGAAAACCAAAGGCAACCCUCAGACAACCAGGAUUUGCUUCGGAGUUUUCUAUUGGCAAAAAACCUAAUCCAGCACUGUUAAGAGACAGAGGAAAUGCUUUUGGAGUUAAGUCUGAUGCUGAAAUGCCACCUUACCCAGUACACACGACUCUUGGAAAUGAAGUAUUCAGAGACAUUCCAAUGCAGAGGCAUGUGAGCAUGCCUACCAAUAACAGGUUUAGCCUGAAGGCAUCCCUUCCACAACCUCUCCAGAUGCAUCUCUCAGCCUGUAAUAAGGAAGUGAGUGUGUGCACAUCUCCUGCUAUGGACACAGCCGGAGGGCGCGUGCAGAAUAAUUUAAAUCAGACUGUUGAAAAACCAAAUGUCACACCUCCUGCCUCUUGUAAAAUGGAUGAGGUUCAAAAUCGUAUAAAGGAAAUAUUAAACAAACAUAACAAUGGCAUUUGGAUAUCUAAGCUUCCACAUUUUUACAAGGAGUUAUAUAAAGAAGACCUUAAUCAAGGAAUUUUACAACAGUUUGAACACUGGCCUCAUAUUUGCACGGUGGAAAAACCUUGCAGUGGGGGUCAAGAUUUACUUCUUUAUCCAGCCGAGAGAAAGCAGCUCUUGACAAGUGAACCUGAACCAGACAAGGUGCCCCUGCCACCUGCUUCCAAGCAAACAGAACCAUCAAAAGAGAGUCCAGAAGUGAUGCCAGGAGAUGUCAAAGAGAAAGUAGCCGAGCUGCUGGUGAAAUACGCAAGUGGCCUUUGGGCAAGUGCACUCCCAAAAGCAUUUGAGGACACGUACAAAGUAAAAUUCCCCGAGGAUGCCUUAAAAAACCUUGCUGCACUUUCGGAUGUAUGCACCAUAGACUACAUUUCUGGAAAUCCCCAGAAAGCUAUUCUCUACGCUAAACUUCCAUUGCCUGCCGACAAGAUCCUAAAGGAUGAAGGGCAAGCACAAGGAGAUUAUGACAUUAAGUCUAUGAUUGAGCAAGAAUAUUUGCAGAUAGAGAAAAACAUUGCUGAGAGUGCCGAAACUUGUGUAGAGGAUAUGGCCGUAGCUAUUCCUCCUCUAGUCAUUCCCACCGAGGCCUCUCCAUCUGUGCUGGUGGUUGAACUGAACAACACAAACGACGUGGUUAUCAGGUAUGUGGGCAAAGACUACUCAGCUGCUCAGGAAUUAAUGGAAGAUGAGAUGAAAGAGUAUUACAGUAAGAAUCCCAAGGUUGCACCAGUCCAGGCUGUACAUGUCGGGCAGCUGCUGGCGGUCAAGGCCGAAGAAGAUGCCUGGUUACGUGCACAGAUCAUCUCAGCAGAGGAGAACAAGCUAAAGGUAUGCUAUGUUGACUAUGGUUUUAGUGAACAGAUUGAGAAGAGUAAAGCAUACAAACUGAAUCCAAAAUUCUGCUCGCUGUCAUUCCAAGCUUCAAAGUGCAAGCUAGCAGGGUUGGAUGUUCUAAAUGAUGAUCCUGACCUCAUGAAAGUGGUUGAAUCUUUAACCUGCGGGAAGAUCUUUGCAGUGGAGAUACUCGACAAGUCGGACAUCCCCCUGGUUGUUCUGUACGAUACCUCAGGGGAAGAUGAUAUCAAUAUCAACGCCACCUGCCUGAAGGCCAUGUGCGACAAGUCCCUGGAGGUUCACCUCCAGGUCGAUGCCAUGUACACAAAUGUCAAGGUGACUAACAUUUGCUCUGAUGGGACCCUCUACUGCCAAGUGCCUUGCAAGGGGCUGAACAAACUCAAUGACCUUCUGCACAAGAUAGAGGAUUAUUUCCAUUGCAAGCACAUGACCUCUGAGUACUUCAUCUCAUUGCCCUUCUGUGGGAAAAUCUGCCUCUUCCACUGCAAAGGAAAAUGGUUACGAGUAGAGAUCACAAAUGUCCACAGCAGCCGGGCUCUUGAUGUUCACUUCCUGGACUCUGGCAACGCGACAUCAGUGAAAGUCUCAGAGCUCAGAGAAAUUCCACCUCGGUUUUUGCAAGAAAUAAUUGCAAUACCACCUCAGGCUAUAAAGUGCUGCUUAGCUGAUCUUCCGAAAUCAAUUGGCAUGUGGACUCCAGAUGCUGUGCUUUGGCUAAGAGAUUCUGUUUUGAACUGCUCAGACUGUAGCAUUAAGGUCACCAAAGUGGAUGACACCAAGGGGGUUGCCUAUGUGUAUUUAUUUACUCCAAAGAACUUCCCCGACCCACAUCGCAGUAUUAAUCGCCAGAUUACAAAUGCAGACCUGUGGAAGCAUCAGAAGGAUGUGUUUCUGAGUGCUGUGUCCAGUCCAGUCAGCUCUCCUGGCAGCAUAUCCAUGUCGGGCAAUAUACCCAGCAGUACACCCAUUUCUAACAACACUCCUGUGUUGGGAAACAUGCCUGUGUCAGUCAACAUGCCGGUGUUGGGUGGUACCCCUGUGUUGGGUGGCACCCCCCUGUCAGGCAGCACUGGAGAGAAUUUCAGAAAGAGCUUCCCAGAAAUCAUCAAAAAGUCUGUGGUAGACCACACCAGCCCUUUCUCCAUGGAGGAACUGCCACCUCCUGUCCACUUGUCAAAGCCUGGGGAACACAUGGAUGUAUAUGUGCCCGUGGCCUGUCACCCAGGCCACUUUGUCAUCCAGCCUUGGCAGGAGAUUCAUAAGCUGGAAGUUCUUAUGGAAGAAAUGAUUCUGUAUUACAGCAUGUCUGAAGAGCGCCAUGUAGCAGUAGAGAAAGACCAAGUGUAUGCUGCAAAAGUAGAAAAUAAGUGGCACAGGGUGCUUUUAAAAGGAAUUCUGACCAAUGGACUGGUGUCCGUGUACGAGUUGGACUAUGGCAAGCACGAGCUAGUCAACAUAAGGAAAGUACAGCCCCUAGUGGACGUGUUCAGGAAAUUGCCCUUCCAAGCAGUCACUGCCCAGCUUGCAGGAGUGAAGUGCAGCCAGUGGUCUGAGGAGGCUUCGAUGGUGUUUCGAAAUCAUGUGGAGAAGAAAGCUCUGGUGGCACUGGUACAGACGGUUAUUGAAAGCACUAACCCUUGGGACCGGAAGGUAGUGGUCUAUCUAGUAGACACGUCGCUGCCAGACACUGAUACCUGGAUUCAUGAUUUUAUGUCACAGUAUCUGGUAGAGCUUUCAAAAGUUAAUUAAUCACUGCGUCUGGGACCUUGACAACUAAUUCAGAUUUUUUUUAGCAAUAAUAAAAUGUAGUAGGCUUUAAAAAAAAAUCUUAUUUCUGCUACAUGGCUCUGACUGUUGUGGAAGAUUGGAAAGAAUAUGCUUAUGUUUGAUGAGAGAUAUUUAGCAAGUUUUGUUUUAACAAAGUUGACUUUUCAAAGAAAAUUGCACUUGAAUUAUUACUAUAAUAUUAGAAUAAAAAUGUUUAUCAAU